CCAGGAAGAAGAAACACGAAAUCACCGCGCGCUUGGAGUUUGUUUACAGUCCGUCAGAUUCGAGCUGAUUUACAGGCGGCAGUAUAUUAUGUCAUAAGCUGUAAAAAUGCAGAAACCUAUUAUACUUCAAAAUACCAAAGAAUAACACGGUGAUGCAUUCAGAAAGGCAAGCUAAAUGGUGAUGGCGGGUGUCGGUGGUAGCGGGUCCGGUUCUGCCCUCCAGGAGGUGUUUGAUCAGCUGCGGUCGGCACACACUCUUUCUUUGACCCUCAGCAGUCCGCUCUGCCUGGCUGUGGUCUCUCUGGACCGGUAUCUGAGCUUUCAACAUCCCGCAGCCCAGAGCUACAGUUACGACCUGACGCUCACCGACGGCCGCUGGCGGAUAAAGUGUCAACUGGCGGACGGUCUGAGCCGGUGGGUCCGGACGGGCUCUCUGCGCUGCGGUGCGGGGCUCCUGGUGUCUCAACUUUCCCUGGUCCACGACGAGACCAGACUACAUCACAGUUACGUGAGGAUAGACGACAUUCACAGCGUCGUGGAGCUUCCUGAGAGGUUUCUGAGCAUUAAAGAUGUGGAGAGUGUCCCGCUGUGGUCCCAGGACAACGUGACCUGGGCCGAUGGACCGCUGCAGAUGAGCAGGAGGUAUUAUUUGCCCCUGUGGAUAAAUGACGACCCUUAUGGAAAAGUAUGGAUUCCCAACAGCCCACCACCAGACGUGGUUAUUGAUGUGUCUAGAAUCACUCUUCUUGCGAAUCUGGAGGCAUUUUUUCCCACCCCUAGACCACCUCUCCCAAUAUUGGUCCGAAUCCUGCACAGGUCCAGAAUCAGAUACUAUGGAAAACCAGGACAAAACAUUGACUUCCCAUUUCAGGUGUACUGUGAGGUGGCUGAUCAAAGCGGCGUCAUGUCCAUGGUUGUGUGGAAUGAACUUUGUUUGGAGUGGUUCAACAGGCUGACGGUUGGCUCAGUUCUGUAUCUGCAGCAGUAUUCGCUGAAACCAAGAUAUCAGCACCGCUCCAGACCACAGAUCCACUCGCUCUCUCUUAUGACUUUCCACUCCAUCGAGAUCUGUCUGAAUCCUCGAAGUCCUGCAUCUGUAGUGACAGUGAUUCCACCUAAAAGUGUUCGGCCUCAGUGGGGUCUGCCUGAAGUUCCUUACAACUUUGCCACACGGUCAGAGGUGAACUCAAUGAACAGUAACCAAGCCUGUGACAUUAUUGGACUUGUGACAUACGUGGGCCGGGUUGAGCGACUCAGAAGCAAGGAAAAGAGCGGACCUGAGAAGUUCUGGGCAUAUCGUUGGGUGCACGCAGUGGACGGUUCAAGCGAUUCUCCCUUUAUACUGGAGAUCUUCUCCUCAUCCCAGCCAGAGAUCUUCAACAACAUCUGCCCCAUGACAUAUUUGGUGUGCACUCAGAUGAGAGUCUGUCAGACGGGCAGUUCCGUGUAUCUGACCAGUAGCACAGAGACACAGCUCUUCAUUACAGGGUGUCAUAAAAAGCAGCCCUACGUCAAUGAGCCAAAAGUUAAAGCGUUCAUCCAGUGGACGAAGACACUGAAGGACAGCGUUGUGUUGCGGAGGACAGCGGUUGGAGGACAUUACUGCUACCCUCCAUCCCCUCCCACAUUUACACCAACCACCAACGAGUCAAUAACUGCAGUUGUUGAGCUGAAGAGGGAGCUGGAGAGUCUGCAGUACAGAGAGCACAGGAGAGUGGCUGUACAGGGUUAUGUGUCUGCAGUGCAGUAUCACACCUGGCCACCACACACCAGACAACAACAGCAGGAGGAUGUUUCAGUAAGAGGAGAUCGUGACAGCGAAUCUGCCCUUCCUCACUCCAGCAGAUAUCAAAGAGAAACAGAUUCAAGCUCGCUUGAUUCUGACAGUACAGUCUCAUCCAAACGCAGGAGAGUGUUGACAAACCCAAGAGUGCAUCGUCAGUAUUUCACCAGAUCCAAAAUGCAGUCAAGCAGGCAGGUGGGUUUUACCUCUCAUGAAGAGGAGGAGGAAGAAGAGCAGCAAGAUGAGAGAGAAUUGAUAUCAGAGGAAUCUGAGAGUGAAAAUCAGCACACAUCAGCUGAAGGAACAGAGGCUGACCAGGCAUCACAAACCCACGACGAACACCAAACUGAGAGCCCACCCACUGCAUUAUGGGAGAGCAGCGUUUGGCUAUUGGCAAAACAAGAAGUGACUGAACACUUUUGCUGUGGCAGACUCAGUCAGGAAAGCCUUCCUGAAAAAUUCUGCUUUGAUGACAGAGAAGUCCUGCUACGUAACCUGAACCUGAGCCCGUCGAGAUGGAGCCCUGAUAUGAGCUCACAGACGCGCACACACACACCUGUGGCCUGCACUGGAUACUUCACACUCACCAUUCUGGGACUGAAUCAAACGGCUGCAGUGGAUGUUCAGUUUGUGCCUGUCGUCUCCUCUGAUGACCCCAGAGCUGCUGGCAUCCCACACACUCCACAUGACAACUCCCUGCUGUCCUGCAUUUCAACAGGACGUCUGUGUGUUCAGCCAGACGGGAGCUGUCCCUCGCCAGGGUCAUUGAUGACUUCUGCACCUCAGCUGGAGUCAGAGCGUGUGGUGUGUAUUGUUGAUCUCUGUCUGCUCGGAGAACAGAAGGUAGAAAUGAUCUGCUCCAAACUCUACAGGACAACUGACAUCUGUUAGCUCGACAGCACUCAAUAAGACGCCCUCACAGUAAUAAUAAUCAUGCAAAAGAAAUGCAUCCCAUGUAGGUCAGAUGAUGACGAAUGUAUGGGGCCUGAUAUUAGUGUGUUCUGAUUGGAGUUUUAGAGGAAAGAAUGAUUUUAUGUCUAAAUCUGACAGUUAAUUUAUGUCAUUAUAUAUAUUAUAUAUAAUUUAUGUUAGAAUAUUUGUAAUUUCAUGAACAUUUUUUAGAAAAAAAUAAAUCCCAAAACAUUGCUUAAAUCCCUUUAUUUUCAUCUUAUGCUGUUGUUAUUGUACAGCCAACAAAGAUUUAUGUAAAGUCAAAGCAUUAUAAAUUAAACCUUCAGACAUAAACAUAUGCACACUGUGUGUCCAAAAUGGUGCUGGACAAUCCCACAACUGAUAACCCAUUAUCACUGAAAAUCGAACCUGAUUUAGAGAGAUAGUUCACCCAAAAACAAUAUUAGUACAAAUAAAUUCUCAAUUACUUGCCCUCAACGUUCUUCAGUUGAAUACAAAAGAAGAUUUUUUUUUUGACAAUGUAAAAAGCUGCUGUUUUUUUCCAACAUAUUUCUAAAUUACUUUUGUUCAACAACAAAAACAAAACCAUAAACCCUGCAAAAAUGCUUUUAUUUCUUAAUAAUUUAUAGCUUGUAUCUCUAUCUAAAGAGAGCGAUAUCAAGAAUAAUGUUUUAUACAAGUAAAAAAAAUGUUUAAUUUAAAUAAGUCCGAGUGUUAGUUUUUAAUUAAAACCAGCUAAACAAUUUUGUUUUUACUAUAAAAUAAUUGAUUGGCAGAUAAUUUAGCUUGUUUUAAAGGGCACCUAUUUCACCCCUUUUGCAAGAUGUGGGAAAAGUCUUUGGUCUCCAGAAUGUGUCUGAAGUUUCAGCUCAAAAUAACCUUCAGAUAAUUUAUAAUCACCUCCAGAAUCUGCCCAUUUUUGUGUCUGAGUACAGUGUAGCUGUUUUUGGCUUUAAAUGCAAAUGAGCUGGUUUUCCCCACCCACUGUUCCCACAUGCGUUAUGUCAGAUAAACAGCAGUCAGUGACGGACUCGAAUCAAGCUGAAAUACAGCCCAUUAGUCAAAAAUACCAAGUUAAUUUUUUUUAUGUAUUUGUGCUGGAGUUUAUUCAAGCCUUUCUGAAAUGAUGAGUCUCACAUCAUCGCCAUUUACAGUACACACACAUACUAGCGUUUACUGACACCAUGUGGCUGUGGUGAUUAUAGCGGUUAAUAAUUACAUAGUGAUUUUACUCUCUUUAUUGCAAACAUGCUGUUUAUUUGCAAAAAAAACUUGUG